CCGCACUACGACUCCCGGCAGACUUCGCGCCGCGCCGCGAGGAGCCCAGUUGAAGCGGGUGGCGGCGGCGGAGCGCGCCCCCUCCCCCCCCCCGCCGAAAAGCCCCAAACCAAAACAAAAACAAACCGCCCCCUGUCCCCCCCCCGCCCGCCGCCCCCACCGAACCUCGGACAUGGCGGCGCCGGGAGGGGGCUUCGCCAGCCGCGGGUGCUGAUCGGGCCGCCGCGUCCCCCUGCCCGCCCGUCCCUCCCCGCCCAUGGGCGAGACAUGGACUACGAGUUCAAGUCGAAGCUGGCGGCCGAGCGCGAGCGGGUGGAGGACCUGUUCGAGUACGAGGGAUGCAAGGUGGGCAGAGGCACCUACGGGCACGUCUACAAGGCCCGCCGCAAGGACGGAAAAGAUGAAAAGGAGUAUGCACUGAAGCAAAUUGAAGGUACAGGGAUUUCCAUGUCGGCCUGUAGAGAGAUUGCACUUUUACGAGAGUUGAAGCACCCAAACGUGAUUGCGUUGCAGAAAGUUUUCCUUUCUCACAGUGACAGAAAGGUUUGGCUGCUGUUUGAUUAUGCUGAGCAUGAUUUGUGGCAUAUUAUCAAGUUUCACCGUGCCUCAAAAGCAAAUAAAAAGCCCAUGCAAUUGCCAAGAUCUAUGGUUAAAUCCCUACUCUACCAGAUCCUCGAUGGAAUCCAUUACCUCCAUGCAAACUGGGUGCUUCACAGGGAUCUGAAACCAGCAAACAUUCUGGUAAUGGGUGAAGGCCCUGAAAGAGGAAGAGUUAAAAUAGCUGAUAUGGGUUUUGCAAGAUUGUUUAACUCGCCUUUGAAGCCAUUGGCAGACUUGGAUCCAGUUGUGGUGACAUUCUGGUACAGAGCUCCAGAGCUGUUACUUGGAGCCAGACAUUACACAAAAGCCAUUGAUAUUUGGGCAAUUGGCUGCAUAUUUGCUGAACUGUUGACUUCAGAACCUAUAUUUCACUGUCGUCAGGAGGACAUCAAAACAAGUAAUCCUUUUCAUCACGAUCAGCUAGACCGCAUUUUCAGUGUAAUGGGAUUCCCUGCAGAUAAAGACUGGGAAGACAUAAGAAAGAUGCCAGAAUAUCCAACUCUUCAGAAAGAUUUUAGGAGAACAACAUAUGCCAAUAGUAGCCUCAUAAAAUACAUGGAGAAACACAAAGUCAAGCCUGACAGCAAAGUUUUUCUUUUGCUUCAGAAGCUUCUUACUAUGGACCCUACAAAGAGAAUUACCUCAGAGCAGGCUUUGCAGGACCCUUACUUUCAAGAGGAUCCUCUGCCUACAUCAGAUGUGUUUGCUGGCUGUCAGAUUCCAUAUCCUAAAAGAGAAUUCCUCAAUGAAGAUGAACCUGAAGAGAAAGGGGAUAAGAAUCAACAGCAGCAGAAUCAGCAUCAGCAGCAGACAGCACCUCAGCAGCAGCCGCAGGCAGCACCGCAGCAGCCGCAGCCGCAGCAGCAGAACAGCACCCAGACCAACGGGACGGCCGGAGGCGCUGGCGCGGGCGGAGGGGGUGCAGGUGCGGGGCUCCAGCACAGCCAGGACUCCAGCCUCAACCAGGUGCCUCCGAACAAGAAACCACGCAUAGGGCCUUCAGGCGCUAACUCAGGCGGGCCUGUCAUGCCUUCAGAUUAUCAGCACUCCAGCUCACGCCUGAGUUACCAAAGCAACAUUCAGGGAUCUUCUCAGUCCCAGAGUACAAUGGGCUAUUCCACAUCAUCUCAGCAGAGCUCUCAGUAUCACCAAUCUCAUCAGUCUCACAGGUACUGAGAGGCCUGACAGGCUGCACUCGGAAAGGAAUGGACUAAAAGCCAGAAGACUCCAGCAAUAUGAAGUUCAUAAUGAUGAGAAGACCAAAAAUACAAACUAUAAUGCAGAAUUAAAGUUCAUGAUGACAAAAGGAAAACUUCACUCACUGAAGACUUCCCCCGCCCCAUCCCUUUAUUGCCAUAAAGGAGAUUCUUGUGAAGUUUUCCUUCCUCCCUGCCCUUGCAUGUGCUCCAUUGUGGUUACUCUAAUGAACCCUUCUGAUCUGAACCCAGCACUUAAUUUCUUUAACCUUUGGAAUUUUGAAGGAUUCCUGGUGCACCUUCCUUAUGCUGUAGUGAUUGCCAUAAAUCUGUCUUUUCAAUCUCUUUAAUGGGAUUUUAAAGUUUGAAAAUCUUGAACUCCCAGGCUUUCAAGCUUGUAUAUAGUUAGUUUUAUACUAGGCAAACCAGUUUAGCUAUACAGGUAUAUUGCACCUUUUUAAAGCACUAUGUUAUUUUCACAGGAUAUUACUGUUUUGCUCAUGGAUGUCAAGAACAGCAAAAUUUUACUGUUCCAGAGUAUUUUACUAUUCUGUUUUUAUUAGUCUAGUUUUCAGGCAAAGUUAAAAAUAAAAA